CAGGACACCACCGUUGAAUUCCAUAGCUGGCUGGCUAAUCUCCGCCGAGCUGAGCUGGGUGGAGAGAUGCUGCGGAGCACCUUGCCGCUGCACCGGGUGACGGCGAAGAACAAGGAGGCGUGGAGGAAGGAGGCGUCGAAGAAGAAGGUCCGGAUCCUGGGCAGGGCGGUGCUGGUCAAGAGCGACGUGCUCGACCUCGGCGACUUCCACUCCUCCCUCCUCGACGGCGCCCAAAAGUUGCUCGACAAGGACGACGGCAUCUGCUUCCACCUCGUCAGCGCCACCCUGCCAGACCCCAGCAAGGGGAAUAGGGGAUGGGUGGGGAGGCCGGCGCACCUGCAGGAGAUGGUGGUGACCAACAAGUCGACAGCGGCGGGGGAGUCGGUCUUCACGGUGACGUUCGACUCCGACGAGUCGCAGGGCAUCCCCGGCGCCGUCAUCGUCAGGAACAGCCACCGCUCCGAGUUCCUCCUGAAGACGCUCACCAUCGACAGCGUCCCAGGCAAGAGAACCGUCGUCUUCGUCGCCAACUCCUGGAUCUACCCAAACGAUGACCGCGUCUUCUUCGCCAACGAUACCUACCUGCCCAGCAAAAUGCCCGCACCUUUGGUGCAAUACCGGCGAAACGAACUCAUCAAUCUCCAAGGCGACGGUACAGAAAGAGAGUAUAAGGAGCAUGACCGUGUGUACCGCUAUGACUUCUACAAUGACCUGGGAGAGCCAGGCAGGGGCGAGAUGUAUGCACGGCCGAUCCUCGGCGGCAGCCAAGAACUUCCAUAUCCCCGCCGUGGCAGAACAGGCCGAGGCCCAACAAAAACAGACCCUAGAUCAGAGAGCAGAAUUCCUCAGUACAAGGUCAUGAACAUCUAUGUCCCACGCGAUGAGCGCAUUGGGCACCUCAAGUUGUCUGACUUCCUUGGGUACUCUCUCAAGGCCAUCACCGAUGCUGUUCUUCCGAUAAUUAGGACCUAUGUUGACAGUACACCCAAGGAGUUUGAUUCGUUUCAAGAUAUCUAUGAUCUCUAUGAUGGUCUUCUGAAAUUGCCCAUUAACCAACACUCAAAGGAGCUCAAGAAUAAAAUCCCCCUUCAUUUUAUUAAAAGUGUUUUACCAUCUGUUGGUGACGACUUCCUAAACUUGCCCCUUCCACAUGUUAUCAAAUCAGAUCCGUAUGCUUGGAAAUCAGAUGAGGAGUUUGCACGUGAGAUGCUUGCAGGCAUGAACCCGGUUUGCAUCAGACGUCUGACGGAGUUCCCUGUAAAAAGUACUCUGGAUCCAAGUGUGUACGGGGACCAGUCAAGCACAAUCACUGAAGAUCAAAUUCAGCAGAACCUGGAAGGCCUCACAGUGACACAGGCAAUGGAGAGUAACAGGCUCUUCAUUUUAGAUCACCACGAUAACUUCAUGCCAUUCCUUGACCGCAUCAACAAGUUGGAAGGCAACUUCAUCUACGCUUCAAGGACCCUGCUGUUCCUGAAGGCCGACGGUACGCUGAAGCCCUUGGCCAUUGAGCUGAGCCUGCCGCACCCUGAUGGGCUUCAGCAUGGCGCAGAGAGCAGGGUGUAUGUUCCGGCUGACGAACGAGUUGACGGCCAGAUCUGGCAGCUUGCCAAGGCUUACGCCUGCGUCAAUGACUCUGCUUGGCAUCAACUAAUCAGCCACUGGUUGAACACACAUGCGGUGAUGGAGCCGUUUGUGAUUGCGACGAACCGGCAACUGAGUGUGGUGCAUCCCGUGCACAAACUGCUGAGCCCACACUACCGCGACACGAUGAACAUCAACGCCAUGGCGCGGACGGUGCUCAUCAACGCUGGCGGCUUAUUUGAGAUGACUGUCUUCCCAGGAAAGUACGCGCUCGAGAUGUCUUCAGUAGUGUAUAAGAAGUGGAAACUCACCGAGCAGGGCCUCCCCGACGACCUAGUCAAAAGGGGCAUGGCUGUGCGAGACCCGUCGAGCCCAUACGGCAUCCGUCUGCUGCUAAAGGACUACCCGUACGCCGUGGACGGGCUGGCGAUCUGGUGGGCAAUCCAGCAAUGGGUGAAGGAGUACUUGGGCAUCUAUUACCCCAACGACUGCGUGCUCCAAGCUGACAAGGAGCUAAAGGAGUGGUGGAAAGAGGUCCGCGAAGUCGGGCACGGCGACCUCAAGGACGAGGACUGGUGGCCCAAGAUGGAGACCGUCGAGGAGCUGGCCAAGACAUGCAUCACCAUCAUCUGGGUGGCGUCGGCCCUGCACGCGGCAGUCAACUUUGGGCAGUACCAGUACGCGGGGUACCUCCCAAACCGGCCGACGGUCAGCCGGCAGAAGAUGCCGGUGCCCGGAACGGAGGAGUACACACAGCUGGAGCGUGGUGACGAGGAGGCCGACAGGGUUUUCAUCCACACCAUCAGCCAGUACUUGCAGAGCAUCCUCGGCCUCACCCUCAUCCAGACCCUGUCGAAGCACUCGUCGGACGAAGUGUACCUCGGGCAGCGCGACACGCCGGAGUGGACGUCGGAUGCCAAGGCACUGGAGUUGUUCGAAAGGUUCGGCACACAGCUGGUGGAGAUCGAGGAGCGGAUCACGGCGAUGAACAAGGAUCCGGCGCUCAAGAACCGGAACGGGCCGGUGAAUAUGCCGUACAUGCUGCUGUACCCCAACACGUCGGACCUCACCGGCGAUCGAGCCUGUGGGCUUACUGGCAUGGGCAUCCCCAACAGCGUCUCCAUCUGAGCCUCCGUCGUCGGUUUGUUGUGUCGCGCAGUGCACUGCGUUUCUUUCUUACAAUGUUGUCAUGUCGUCAAACAAAGAAUAAGUAGUAUUGGCCCCCGAUUAUUUUUUCUGUAAUUUCCAAACGUUCAGAUAACUUAGGUACAAAAAUUCCAUGGUAA